GGGGUCUCCAUGCACAUCCCCGGAAGAGAAGGAGACCUGCAAAGGAGAAGGAAAAAAGGUCAGAAACUGGUUUCCUGGAGGGCUGUUCGGAGGAAAGGAAAAGUGAGGUCUGCAGAGAGCUGUUCCCUGAUUUGAAGUGCCUCGUGGCAACAGCUGAGAGAGUCCCAGAAGUGGCCCAGUUCACGCCUCCUCUUCCUCUGUCCUUUCCACCAUCAACGCAAUGGCCUCCGAGACACCCUCUGAACAGUCUCUUCUUGAAGAUGGAGUGGAAAGAGGAGCCAGGCAGCUUCCUCAGGCCCUCUUGACCUUUGAGGAGGUGGCUGUGUUUUUCACGGAGGAGGAGUGGGCUCUGCUGGAUCCAAGCCAAAGAGCUCUGCACAAGGAAGUCAUGGAGGAGAAUUAUGAGAUGGUGGCCUCUCUAGCAGAGACUCUGAUUCUCAAGUCUGAGUUCAUCUCCUCGCUUGGAACAGAAAAAUACAGGGAUGUUAUCCUAAACAAAUUGAGAGGUACAUACUUCCAUUUUGAGACUGUACCUUUUAUGACUCCUUUCAGUGUGUAGGAAUAUAAAAAGCACCCUUUUGGAUCAGAAUGAGGGCCCAUCUUUUCCAGCAUCCUGGUGCAGGUUUAGGUGAUGUGUACAGCUGGUUAGAAUGUAUCAGCAAGAUAUUACAGAGCAGGGAGGAAGGAGAAAAAUGAAUACAGAGGCAUGACAUUUUCACUGGGGGGGGGGAUGAGAUGGAGAAAGUGUGUCUCUCCAGAUGUUGCUGCACUACAACUCCCAUCAUCCCUGGUCAUUGGAUAUCUUUGCUUGGGUUGAUGGUACUUAGAGUCCAACCACAUCUGGAGGGCCAUAGAUGCCUCACCUCAGCAUAGAAGGUUUCUCUUGGUGCUCAGUGUUACAUGGGAGUUGAAGGUAGAACUGGAUACUAAGGGUUCUUGAGCCUAUUUUCAGAUUUCCUUUCCUUUCCUAAAAAUGUAGUAAAUAGCAGAGGGAGGACUGGAGGUGCUGAUUGGU